AUGACCGCCUUGCUUCGUGGGUCCGCCUUCAUCACAGGCGCAGCCUCCGGUAUUGGGCAACAGACGGCCAUCGCCUUUGCCCAGCAUGGAGUCACAAAGCUAGCAUUGGCCGACAUCAACCAAGACGCGCUAGAUAUAUCCGCCGGAUCUUUGAAGAAACAGUUUCCCCAUGUCCAUAUUCUACCGGUGCAUCUCAAUGUUCGUGACUCCGCGCAGGUCAAGGAAGGGAUUGCCAAGACAAUCGGAGAGUUUGGUCGUCUGGACAUUGCUGUGAAUAAUGCCGGUAUCAGUGGCAGUGGACGAAAGACGCAUGAGUUGGAAGACGAUGAAUGGCUCGGAAUUCUCGAUGUGAAUUUGCAGGGUGUGUAUCGAUGUCAGAAAGAAGAGCUGGAUGUCAUGGUAAAUCAAGAGUACGUCUACCAAGAGAUGAUGAAUCGAAACGAGUCAAGAGCUAAAUCCUCUCCUAGAGAUUUGGGGCCUCGGGUAGGCCGCGGAAGGAUCAUUAACGUCGGAAGUAUGUUUUCUGUUGUGGCACCAAACAACCAAGACCAUACUGCAUAUGCAACUGCCAAGCAUGGCAUCAUCGGCUUGACCAAGGCUGACGCAAACUCGUACGGGCCUCUAGGCAUCCGUAUCAAUGCCAUCUGCCCAGGUUAUGUUGAGACACCUCUGCUAAUGAGUAUUAUGAGUCGUGAUCCAGACUCACCACUCGCAGUGGACUUGUCAAGAACUCCUUUGAAGCGCAUGGCCACUAUGGAGGAGGUAGCAGAUGCCAUAGUCCUGUUGGCUUCUCCCAUGAGUAGUUACAUGCAAGGUGCCAGUAUGAUCUGUGACGGGGGGUUUACCAGUAACUAG